CAUAGAUUCACACUUCCAAAAAGAAUUUUCAUUUUUUUAGAGAGAGAAACUCACCACACCAUUCGCAUUCCAUUCUUUAGCAGCAGCUCCUGGAAAAGUCCUUCGUCUUUUCACUCACCGAUUCAAGCCUUUUAGGGUUUUUGAUUUCUGCAAUCUCGCGCUGGAAUCUGCCAUUCCUGUUCUCCGUUCAACUCCCGCUGGAAUCUGCAAUUUCUGUAUUCUGAUGUCAAUUUUUUUAGAUUUGUGUAAUACGUGAAGAGAUGAAGUUUUGAUUGUGAUUUGAGGGGUUUGGAUGAACAAGGAUGGAACAAGGGACUGAACAUUUGUUAUCAGCUAGGAAAUCUCUGUUGACUAAUUUGGAGAAAUCGAAGGCGUUACAUUUGUGUAUUCAGGAAGCUGGCCCUAGGUUAGCUGAGAUCAAUCAACGCUUGCCGUCUCUGGAAGCGAUAAUCCGCCCGAUUCGGGCUCCCAAAGAUGCGCUUUCUGCCGUUGCGGGCCACAUCAACCGUGCUGUGGUCCCUGCCACGGCUGUGCUCAAGGUGUUUGAGGCGAUUCACGGGCUGGAGAAGUCUCUGUAUGAUCCCCAGUCGGAUCUCUCCGGGUACUUGGGUGUCCUCAAGAGGCUCGAAGAAGCACUGUCGUUCUUGGGGGAGAAUUGUGACAUGGCAAUUCAGUGGUUGGCUGACAUUGUUGAGUACCUUGAGGACCACCGCAUUGCAGACGGAAGGUUCACUUCCAGUUUGAAAGAGGAGCUGAGCAGGCUCCGCAAAUUGGGAAAUUUCGGCCUUGACGGAGGGCUUCUGAAGGUCGCUUUGGACAGAUUAGAGAACGAGUUCCGGAGACUGUUGAUGGAACACAGCAUUCCAUUGCCUAUGUCAGAUCCUCCAUUGCCGGGUGAACGAGCAUGUAUAGCUCCCUCUCCUCUUCCAGUUUUUGUCAUCCAGAGACUUCAGGCUAUUCUCGUCCGCUUGAUUGCCAAUGAUAGGCUAGAAAACUGCAUUUCCAUAUAUGUCGAGGUUCGCAGUUCAAAUGUCCGGGCUAGUCUGCAGGCACUUAACUUGGAUUACCUAGAAAUUUCUGUUUCUGAGUUCAACGACGUGCUGAGCAUUGAAAGUCACAUAGCUCAAUGGGGCCGGCAUUUAGAGUUUGCGGUCAAGCAUCUUUUUGAGGCUGAAUAUAAACUUUGUAAUGACGUGUUUGAUGCGAGGUUAGGGUUGGACGUUUGGAUGAGCUGUUUUGCUAAGAUAGCAGCACAGGCUGGGAUCCUUGCAUUCCUUAAAUUUGGGAAAACCGUUACCGAGAGUAAGAAGGAUCCAAUCAAGCUAUUGAAGUUGUUGGAUGUAUUCUCGUCGUUAAACAAGCUGAGAUUGGAUUUUAACAGACUGUUUGGUGGGGCGGCGUGUGCCGAAAUCCAAAACCUCACUAGAGAUCUCAUCAAAAGGGUGAUUGUAGGUGCAUGUGAGAUAUUUUGGGAACUUUUGCUUCAAGUUGAACUUCAGAGGCAAACAUCACCUCCUCCGGAUGGCAGUGUUCCAAAACUUGUUAUCUUUAUCACCGACUAUUCCAAUAAGUUGCUUGGGGAUGAUUAUAAGCAAAUCCUCACACAAGCACUUGCCAUUGAAAGAAGCUGGAAGCAUGAGAAAUACCACGAGCAGCUUCUCAUUGACGAGUUGCUGAAUAUAAUAAAUUCCGUUGAGCUGAAUAUAGAAACAUGGUCAAAGGGAUACCAAGAUCACAUUUUGUCAUACCUCUUCUUGAUGAACAAUCAUUGGCAUUUGUACAAGCAAUUGAAAGGAACCAAGCUGGGAGCCCUACUGGGAGAUGUCUGGUUACAAAAACAUGAACAUAACAAGGACUUCUAUUCUGACGCUCUUUUGAAAGAGAGCUGGUCAAAGCUUCCUGCCCUCUUGAGUCGGGAAGGUCUGAUUUUAUUCUCGGGCGGGCGUGCCACUGCCCGUGAUCUCGUCAAGCAAAGACUUAAAGCAUUCAAUGAAGCUUUUGAUGAGAUGUAUCAGAAGCAGUCAAAUUGGGUCAUUCUUGACAAAGACCUACGUGAAAAGGUUUGCCAACGUAUAGUUCAGGCAAUUGUUCCGGUUUACCGAAGCUACAUGCAGAACUACGGGCCAUUGGUUGAACAAAAAGAUGGAAGUGCUAGCAAGUAUGCUAAAUACACUGUUCAAGCUCUGGAGAAGAUGCUCAGCUCUCUUUUUCUCCCUAGGCCAGUCAGACAUGGAAGCUUUAAAGUUCGAAGGACUAGUGGGAGAUUCAACAGUAUAAGCAACGGUCAAGAUCCCAGUUCUCCUAGCAUGAAAUGAGAGGUCGAGGAAUGGCUAUCCAUUGGCCACUUGUUGUUGUAUAUACUUAGUUCCUGAAUUGGUUUCAAUGCAUAUCAGGGGAUUAUUAUUCUUCAAAGCUCCAAGAAAUACUCACUAUUGAAGAUCAUCAGGGAAAGAGAGCAUAUUCAUUUUUAUAUUGGCCCGUCAGGUAAAACAUGAAGUAAAUGCCUAGUUAAAUAGUUAAUGCUAUUAUUCCAAUUUUCCCCCUCAUAUUGUGAUCGGUCUAUUAUUCAGUCAGCCACAAGUGGAGCAGUGGUACACUGAUGGUCUGCAUGUUUUGUGUUGCACCGAGAGCUUUAGCAGUAAUACAUCUCAUUUUAGAUUAUGAAACAACGCUAGAUUUAUUUGUUCUUUGUGCCUCUAGCUGUAUACAAAGCGUAGAACUCUCCAUUCAUAUGUCAAUUGUACUAAAGCCAUGAAUUUUAG